CUCUCACUUUUAAAGCUGCCCCUCCUUCAUCAUCCUUCUCAACAACAACACUCCACCAACAACCCUUUCUUCACACAUAACCAAAUCCAUCAAAAUGUCGAACCCCCGUGUCUUUUUCGAUAUCACCAUUGGCGGCGCGCCUGCUGGCAGAGUCGUCAUGGAGCUUUUCGCCGACCAGGUCCCCAAGACCGCUGAGAACUUCCGCGCUCUCUGCACUGGCGAGAAGGGCACCGGCCGCUCCGGCAAGCCCCUCCACUACAAGGGCUCCAGCUUCCACCGCGUCAUCCCCCAGUUCAUGCUUCAGGGUGGUGACUUCACCCGCGGCAACGGCACCGGUGGUGAGAGCAUCUACGGCGAGAAGUUCGAGGAUGAGAACUUCAACCUGAGGCACACUGGCCCUGGUAUCCUCUCCAUGGCCAACGCUGGCCCUGGUACCAACGGAUCCCAGUUCUUCAUCUGCACCGUCAAGACCUCGUGGUUGGACGGCAAGCACGUUGUGUUCGGACAGGUCGUCGAGGGCUUGGACGUUGUCCAGGCCGUCGAGCGUGUCGGUUCCUCCAGCGGCUCGACCUCGAAGACUGUCACCAUCGCCAACUCUGGCCAGCUAUAAAUGCGAGUCACAGCUGCCAUGAAGGCGCGUGGCGAGGCGCAUGGUCAACGAUUAUGAUUCAAUGACAAUAAAAGUCUUGGGAAGGAGAGUAGGAUUAUACGUAUUACAGGCCGGUCAUAGUACUUUUGAUUAGGGAAAUGAUUGAUCA